AUGCGGUCUUCAAACAGGCCCGUGUCACCGUUCACCGAUCAACCGACUUCAGAGAAUUUCAGCCUCCCUGGAGGUGGGACUGUCCAGCAGCCUCUCUCUCUUCCAGGCUCCGUUGCUAGCGAGACAAAACGAGAUCAUCAGAGCGUCUCAAGUCCCAAAUUCCAAAAGCCGCCGAGCCCGCAACUGACCGACGAUAGACACAUUCAGGUAUACAAAUGGCCCAGUUCCACGGAUCCGAGUCAAAAUCUCCACUCGCCGCCUGAACUCGAGGAAGAAUCAAGACCAACAAAAUCGGCCCACUUCGCCUCGGAGUUGACGACUCACACGAGAUUUGCCAGACAUGCGUUGAGCAUCGACGCUCUCGAGCGUGUUCUGGAGCAAAGUGGCGACGACUCUGGCUGCAACGACUUGCGUGGCAACCAUUGCCAUGCUGACGAAAGGUUGGAGUUGACGACAACAUGCGCACCCUCUUCAACACAUCUCGGUAAUAGGCGAGAGCGCAAAAAAGCUGAGGGUGACAGCGGAGUGGGCCAUGGUACCGGUGAUCAGAGCUCCGACAGCCAAAGCGACUGCGGCGACCUGAUCCUGGUCGGCGGGGUAGAAACAACCGCUGCCUCGGUAUGUCACGAAAACGGCCACCUUGGUGAUGACCACCUUCUGGUGUCCCUUAGACACCACGAGUCCAAAUCGGCCUCGACGACUGCCAGGCCGUCUAGGAUGGUGGCUUCGUCGUCAUCGUCUCUCCUGCUGCUCGACGCCGCUCCACUUCGAGCCCCCGAGCUCGGCUAUGAAGCCCAUCGGUCGAGUAGGAACCAAAUCACUCGGAUUGUCACCUACCAACGUCCAUUGCUUCAACCGUGUCAUGUCGACAAGUCGAAUGAUCUCUUCAAGCCGACCAACGGGACAAUGGAUCGUCUCGUCCCUUGCGCCUGUGAACCCAAAGACUUGGCUGCAGCCUCGGCUCCGUCUACCGACCAGGCUGGCGGUGGAAUACGUCGACGUACCUCGUACAACAUCAUGAUUAUCGGCGGCAAGGCAGCUGCUGAAUCCCAGUCGACGCAAAGCAGCAUGGCACAAACGGAGUCGAAUCGAAAUGCUGAACUUCGAGUUCGCGUGAAAGACUUACGAUCAGCCAACGCAAGAUUAAAUCGGUCCAUUAUGACGAUCACAAAACCGAUGAGUCAAGACGUUCUCGGAUCGGUGCUUGAGAGUGGUACCGUCUAG